AGCUAGGACGAUCCGUAUGGCUGAAGACAGGCAAAGGAAUGAAUGAAAAACAAUUUAAAAAUCCAGAAAAGACCAUGAAUCUAAAAUAUCUUGAUAUAUAAUAGAGGUGGCACAUAAUCACUGGAGAACAAAGAGAAACACCCUAGGACAGAACCUUGAGAACGCCUACAAGAAGCGAUCUUGUAAGCGUUCCUCACAAACAUCAAACUGGUUGAAAUGUCCCAUAUGGCCCCGCCCUUCGUCGUUGGGCUGUUUCAGAUGCGUUGACGCUUCCCGGCCUCGAGGGGGCAUCUGGAGAACGGCGGGCGGGAAGGUACGCAUGCGCACUGCUCCCAGGGUUUGCGGUAGAAUCUACGCUCUCGCGCCCGGUUACGCACACGGCAUUUACAGUUCGCACAGCGGCCACGCACGCGCACUGGGGUGUCCGCCGGGCAUCGCGCUGUCCAGUUAAUUCCAGUUUCUCUGGGAGCAGCCGAGUUGACCCCACGGUCUGAGAUGUCCAAGCUGCCCGCAGACAGCAAUGUCCCCCAGACAGGCGCGGCGAAUGGUGACAGAGACGUCCCGCAGGCGGAGGUAGGCCGCGGGAGGCGGGAGCCGGCCCCGGCACAGCCUGAGGAGGCCGGGGAAGGCGCGAUGGCGGCGGCCAGGGGAGGCCCGGUGCCGGCGGCCAGGGAAGGUCGGAUGGCGGCGGCUAGGGGAGCCCCGGCGGCGGCAGCCAGGGGAGCCCCGGUGGCAGCGGCGGCGUUGGCCAGGGCAGCCGCGGCGGGCAGGGAAAGCCCGGCGGCGGCGGCGGCCAGGGAAGCCCGGAUGGCGGAGGUCGCCCGCUUGCUGGGGGAGCCAGUGGACGAAGAGGGUCCCGAGGGCAGGCCCAGGUCCAGGCACGGGAACGGAGGCCUGGCUGCGUUGCCCUAUCUCCGUCUCCGCCACCCACUUAGCGUUUUAGGAAUCAAUUACCAGCAGUUUCUCCGCCACUAUCUGGAAAAUUACCCGAUUGCUCCCGGCAGAAUACAAGAGCUUGAAGAACGCCGCAGGCGAUUCGUGGAAGCCUGCAGAGCAAGGGAAGCAGCGUUUGAUGCCGAAUAUCAGCGAAAUCCUCACAGGGUGGACCUCGAUAUUUUAACCUUUACGAUAGCUCUGACUGCCUCUGAAGUUAUCAACCCUCUGAUAGAAGAACUUGGUUGCGAUAAGUUUAUCAAUAGAGAAUAGUUAUGUGGUGAGACUACUUCAAGAGAACCUCUGCAUUCCAGUCAUACCAAAUCUGCAACUUGAUUUUCGGAAGUCAAGAGUAUAUCGCGAUAAGACAGUGCACAGGUGGAGGGGAAAAAAAGGGGGAGGGGGAAGCUUAUCUUGAAAACGCAUCACAGAAGUAGAAAAAAAUGUCGAAAGCAUUAUAACUAACGUUCUUUGAGUUUGUGAUUGAUCCACACUUUUCCCCCUGCAUUAUGGAAAAUGUCUCUCAGCAUUACUUUAUUACAAAGUAAAGGAUGGUUUUAUAAAAUUGAGACUUGAUGAAAAAUCACCAAUACUAGAGCCCAUGAGGAUGAAAGAAAUUAUCAAAUAGUGCUGAACAGAAUAAGAUGUUAACGCUGAGUUAUUAGGACUGGAUGGCUAUGAAAAGAACUUGAAAUUGUCGGAAUAUGUGCUCUCUUCAUGUAUUAAAUAGAAGUUUCUAGUUUAAGAUUGAUUUUGUGUUUUCUUAGGCAUUUCAAGUGACAAGCAAAGUAAAUGUAUAUAUUAUGUGAUAAAUCAUGUUUUCAAGAACGUCAAAUUUCUGGACUUUUUUCUUUCAAUUUUUAAUUUUUAAAGUUUUUUUGGUAUAAAAAAAUCCAUUCACAAGCCAAAAAAUAUAUAAAAUGUACAGUGAAAAUCCUUCCAUUCUUGUUUUCCUCCAUCCAGUACCAACCAUGACCUCUAAUAGCCACAGUUUCCCCUCCGUCCUUCUAGUUUCCUUACGUGUACACAGGCAUAUGUAAAUCUGGGUUUACUUGUUUUAUUUCUUCACAGAAGUCAGCAUAUUAUAUUUACUGGUUUAUACAUUGCUUUCUCAUUAAAAACAUAUGUUGACUCUUCCAAA